GUUGCGGGUUAGCUUGACACUGCGAAGUGAUCGUUGUUAGCAGCCACGUCUCAAAGUCAGGUGCACAGAUAUGAGCAACCAGGUAGACAGGUACAUGUGAGUGUGCAGUGUUAUCUGUCUCACCCACAGCCGGGCAGUAUGGCUGAUAGCACGCCUGGCUUUAUAACGUUAGCUUCCACUCCUUCACAUCCAAUGUUGCCGCUGCUGCUAGCUAACGUCAAUGUGCAACUUCCUCCUAUAACGCUGCUUACGGUGUUUUUCCGUCUUAAUAAUUGAAGUGUCCAAAUUCAAAGAGAGGACAGUGGACAUCAGGACCUGAACGCAUCCCCAGCAUUUAUUGGAAGACUGAGAGGCUGAUCGAUUGCUGGACCAAUCAGAAGAUGGACUGACAUCGAAAACUCUCAUCGUUCCCCUCACCUCCCUCUUAUCACCCUCCUGUUGGGCCCCUGGGGGCCCUCAGGUAGCAGGCGUGAUGCCAGGCAGCAGGCAGACCGCUAGGCACCCGUUGUGGCACCUCCUGUCACCGUUCCGCACCCGCCAGGAGCGAGUGGUUCUGGCCCGCAGCGAGAGCCUGCCUGGGGAGCAGGUGCUGAAGAUCACAGUCACAGAGACCACGGUGAUCGAGGCCGAGUCAGGGGUGUGGAACUGGCGCUCCAUGACCUACCUGGGCCUCUGGUACUUCUUCAGCUUCUGCACCCUGUUCCUCAACAAGUACAUCCUGUCGCUGCUGGAGGGGGAGCCUAGCAUGCUGGGUGCUAUUCAGAUGCUCUCCACCACCGUCAUAGGCUGCCUUAAGAUGUACGUUCCCUGCUGCCUGUACCAGCACAAGUCCAGAACUGAGUACCCCCCCAACUUCAUCAUGAUCAUGCUGUUUGUUGGACUCAUGAGGUUCACCACGGUGGUUCUGGGCUUGGUGAGCCUGAAGAAUGUGGCGGUAUCUUUUGCUGAGACAGUGAAGAGCUCAGCACCCAUCUUCACUGUUAUCAUGUCCAGACUGAUCCUGGGGGAGUACACAGGUCUGUGGGUGAACCUGUCCCUGUUCCCUGUCAUGGCCGGCCUGGCCCUCUGCACAGCUACGGAGAUUAGCUUCAACAUGCUCGGCUUCUCCGCCGCUCUCUCCACCAACAUCAUGGACUGUUUGCAGAACGUAUUUUCCAAAAAACUGCUAAGUGGAGACACAUACAGGUUCAGCCCUCCAGAGCUGCAGUUUUAUACUAGUGCAGCAGCAGUCAUCAUGCUAAUCCCUGCCUGGGUGUUCCUCUUGGACAUCCCAGUCAUCGGGAAGAGUGGGCGGAGCUUCAUCGUCAGUCAAGACAUUAUCCUGUUGCUGCUUUUUGACGGCGGCCUGUUCCACCUGCAGAGCGUCACUGCCUAUGCUCUCAUGGGACGGAUUUCACCUGUUACCUUCAGUGUUGCCAGCACUGUCAAACAUGCGCUGUCGGUUUGGCUGAGCAUCAUCGUGUUCAGUAACCAGAUCACCAUCCUAAGCGCCGCAGGCACCUUCUUCGUGUUCAUCGGGGUCCUCUUGUACAACAAGGCCCGGCAGAUCCAGAGGCAAACCUUACAUGCCAUGGUUGCUGAGCAGAACCACAAACCACUACUUCAGGACCAGGACUUCCAAGCCCCUCAGUCUCACUGAGGGACUUAAAAUGCUGCCUGAAACGAGAUCAUGGUAUUAACAAAAUUCUGUCUGCUUACCUGUGGCUGUCAAGAUCUGAUGACUGGAUAUUUGUCUGUUCUUCACCACACACACAUUCCAGUUAAAGGGGACCCACUCGCGUUUUUCUUCCAGGUUUCAAUUUGUUUCACUGUCGUGUCUUAAAACUCAAAGUAAACUCUGGUGACUGGCUUGGUAUGGUCAGUGUCCGUAUGACUAAGCCAUCACUAGUCCUGUGGAACAGUAUAAACAGUAUUUCUUUGUCCAUAACAUACUUACACUUUAAUCAUCCUUGAUCAUUUCUUUGUAUAAUAACGGUCGGUAAAAGGAGAUGCUCAGGGUGUACUUCAGCUUUUUGAAGGAAGUCUCUUCUGUAAGCUUUUUGUCUUACAUUUGCAUUUCAGAGUGUGCUGGUUUAUCUCAUCUGUGGUACAGCAGCUGCUGAAUGUAUGCUAUUGUGAAUAUCUGUAAAGCAUUUAAGCUGUACAAUUGAAAUUUUGUGACGGUGUAACCUACACUGUAUUAUACAAUGUAAAAUUGAUCUUGAUUGCAUCUGAAUUUAAGAUGUGAAUUGGGCACCAGUGCCUGGCUCAUCCAGCCAAAGCGUAGACCAGCUGUUUGACACAUUUGUAAACAAUGUGUGGGACAUUUGAAAGCAACAUACUGCAUUCUAGGAAUGCUUGUGUCUACCGUUAAAUGUUGCAGGCGUACGAAAGGGUUUUAUGUACCUGUGCAUCUUCUCUUUGUUUUUCUUUGUAAACUUACUGCAUGCUUGGAUAGCUGCCCUGGCAACCCUGAACAGGGAGAGAAUUAGAAUUAGAGAAUGAAUCGAUCAGUAAGCUGCUGUAUAUUACACAUUCAUAGUCUUGAUUGAAAACUGAUUUAUUACAACUUGGGUUUUAUUUUCGUUUAUGUCCGACAGAACCAACAAAAAUAAACCCAACGUAAUAAACCAGAGUUUUCCUUUCAACCAAAAGGCUUAGGCAUAUACCACUGGUUAAAGUGGCAUAUGCCAACUGUUAGUGAAGUUCAUGAUGAGAGAUGCAACAACAGAUGAAAUUUUACGUCCUCAUUGUCAUUUUAGCUCCUUACGGUGACUGUGAAGUUUCUGUUUCUGAAAUUAGUGCCACGUCGCCAUCUUGCCAUAAACAUCCGGGUGGUGCCAGUUCUCACCAUACUGCUUCAGUCAUACUGUCUCCAGUCUAGUCCAGGCUUCUUUCCCAAUUUUUCUGAGGUCAGUGACUUACAAAGUCCAUCAGGUGUCUGAUAGGACUAAUCUGUGUUAAUCGUUAUCAGUCUGACGGUUAAGUGGUUCGGUGGUUUGUAAGCAUUGUAGUAAUGCUCCACUUUUGCAUGUGCCUUGAGAAGCAGUCUUUGUCUUUUCUUGCGUUAUCCCCACACUUACAAAUCUGAGUUGUUGUUUUCUACAUCUUCAUUCUAUAUGGUUUUGUUGGAGAAUUUCUGUCUCAGUUAAGUGCUUUUAAAAACAGGUGCAGGCUGAAAUUCAAUACCAAUACCCUACAAAUAUAUCUGUAAUCUUCCAUAGUGACUCUUUGGAAUGCUGCUUCAGGGGGCAAGUUCAAACAUGCAGAAGUGGCAGGCAGUUAUGAACUGUAUAUUUGGGAAUGUGCAAAUAAAAGGUGUACAAAUAUUCACUCAUGUGACUCUUUAAGUGAGGAUGUAAUGAUGUUUGAUGGACAUUGUGCAGAGAAUAAAAGUACUUUCUCUUCA